AUGCUUGACUCGACACCCAUGCCACAGCUCCCGCAGCGAGGCGACGAAGGCGUGCUGAACCAAGGCAACGGUCUGACUCUUCGCGACCAAGAAGCCAAGCUCGACCAGAUUCAGAAGGACAACUUCAGUCUGAAGCUCAAGAUCCACUACCUCGAGGAAGCAUUGCGCAAGAACGGGACAUCAUUCCAACAGCAAACGCUGAAGGAGAAUGCUGUGGAGCAACGACACGCUGACGUCAAGGCUCUGGAGCGGGAGCUCGAUCUGGCCAGGCAAAGCGGUCAAGGCGACGUUGAAGAAGUCCAGCGGCGUCUGCAAAUGCUGCGAGCAGAGUUGGAGGCGGAGCAUGCCGAGGCCAAGCAGGCAUUGGAGGACGAGAUUCUGGUUCUGGAGUCGACGUUCGAUGAUCUACAAGCCGAGAAAGCAGCCUUGGAG